UAAAAUGGUCUGUCACUGCAUUGCACAAGGCAGUGCAUAUAAGAGAGGGAGAGAGUCAAGAAGAGCUCUGGGACUUUUUGGACAAAAACGUCUGGUGAACUUAAUUCAGACAUGAGGGUGUGCAUCAUUGGAGCGGGGGUCAUUGGUCUCUCCACCGCUCAGAGCAUCUACCAGCACUUCCACGGCAGGGUCACCCCCCUCACCAUAGAGGUGUAUGCUGAUGUCUUUACUCCACUCACCACCAGCGACGGCGCAGCUGGAUUCUGGCAGCCAUAUCUCUAUGACAAGGGGAACGUGAAAGAAACUAAAUGGAAUAAAGAGACAUUUGACUAUCUACUAAGUUGCCUCAGCUCUCCAGAUUCAGUCAAAAUGGGAAUCUUCCUUCAGUCUGGCUACAAUCUGUGCACUGAACCUAUGCCGGACCCCUCAUUUAAAGACACUGUGUUGGGUUUUCGCCAGCUGACUGAACGUGAACUAGAAAUGUUCCCAGGAUACAGUUUUGGGUGGUUUAACACUACUCUCUUGAUUGAAGGAAAGACAUACCUGCCCUGGCUUAUGGACUGGUUGAGACAAAGACAGGUCCAGUUUUAUCAGAGGACAAUUGGCUCAUUUAAAGAGUUGGCAGAUGGUGCUGAUGUUAUCAUCAACUGCUCCGGUGUCCGAUCAGGAAAGCUCCAACCUGAUCCUGAGCUCCAGCCAGGCAGAGGACAGAUCAUUAGGGUAGAUGCUCCCUGGUUAAAGCACUGGAUCAUCACACAUAAGACAUUAAAAAUCUACGGGGACUCACCUUACAUCAUUCCUGGGAGUCGUUUUGUCACUGUGGGUGGAGUUUUCCAAGAAGGAAACUGGAAUCAGCAUAACAGUUCUGCUGACCAUAAUAAAAUCUGGGAAGCGGCCUGUAAGCUUGAGCCCAGUCUACAGCAUGCACAGAUAGUAGAGGACUGGACUGGUCUCAGGCCCUCACGCAGCAAAGUUAGACUGGAGAGAGAGACCAUACGAUCUGAAAACACCUUGUUUGAGGUCAUUCAUAACUACGGACAUGGCGGUUUUGGAAUGACCAUCCAUCGUGGAUGUACUGAGAAAGCUGCUCAUCUCUUUGGUCAGAUCCUGGAGCAGAAAGGCCUGUUAGCAGAUUCUAAAUCACAUCUCUAAUAGAUCUAUGCCUCUGGAUAAGGUUAUCUAUCAAGUUUUAUUCUCAUUCUUAUCUAACCAUUGCCAUACUGAUUCCAAGAGGUAAUGAACUUCCAGAAUCGAAUACAUUUGUCUACAUUUAUCUGCACUAAUCUAUAAUAAAGAUACCUAAACUCACUUUCUUUUUUUGAAGCAUGGUUUAAUGUUAUCAUACAUGUACAUCCAGUGCAGUGGCAAGAGAUCUGUGCAAACAGACACAAAAUGUGGCACUAAAUCACAAAAGACAAUCAGCUCUCUGCACUCACAGGAACAACUGCACACUUCCCAUCAUGCCACACACAUACCCACUGAAGAUGACAGAAAUACAAAUAACUGAAUAUAGCAGCAGUCGAGCUGAAAAAACAAAGAUUUUUGCUAAAUGUUCAAAUGUUAGGGAACAUUAUUUGAGUAUUUAACAUCCAAAGUAUUUGACAUCCAUACAUAAAUAAGCUUGAAGCAGAUGUUGACACCGUUCAGAUAUAAACAUAUUAUCCCAUUUUUACAAUCUCUACACUGGCUACCUAUUUAAGUUGUGUUAAUGCAACCCAGAAAUAAUAUAAAUGUUUCUGAACUAAAUGACUCACAAAAGUUUUCUUGCCACCUGCUGGUGUAAUGAUGUAACA